ACGCGCCCCGGACACGCCGGAGCACUUCCCUCCCCGGAAGCGCGUCGCCUGCGACGGGAAGUGGACCGGGAAGCGUCGCGCUGAGGGGAGCGAGAUGGGAUGCGACGGUGGUACCAUCCCCAAGCGGCAUGAGCUGGUCAAGGGGCCCCGGAAAGUCGAGAAGGUUGACAAAAAUGCUGAAUUGGUGGCAAGAUGGAACUACUGUGCUCUGAGUCAAGAGAAGUUAUGUCGGCCAAUUGUAGCCUGUGAGCUGGGCAGAUUGUAUAAUAAAGAUGCUGUCAUUGAAUUUCUGUUGGACAAGUCAGCUGAUAAAACUCCUAUGGAAGCUGCAUCACAUAUCAAGAGCAUUAAGAAUGUAACAGAACUAAACCUUGCAGAUAAUCCAGCUUGGAGUGGUGAUAAAGAGAGUAUAAAAGGUGACAAGUAUGAUGACAUCCAGUCUGCACGCUUUAUAUGCCCUGUGGUGGGAUUGGAAAUGAAUGGAAGACAUAGGUUUUGCUUCUUGAGAAACUGUGGCUGUGUGUUCUCUGAACGUGCUCUCAAAGAAAUUAAGUCAGAAGUUUGUCACAAGUGUGGUGUUCCCUUCCAAGAGGAAGAUGUGAUUGUUAUUAAUGGUAGUAAAGAAGAUGUGGAAGUAUUGAAGAAAAGAAUGGAGGACAGAAGACUUAAGAGUAAAUUGGAGAAGAAAUCAAAGAAAAGUAAGUCAGCAGUCUCAGCUUCUCAGCCAGACACCGCUCAAGAUUCUCCAGGUCCAUCAAAGAUGAACAAUGGAAAGGAUUGUGUCAGUUCCAGUGCUGGGGAAAAUAGACAGAUUAUCUUCACCAAAAGUUCAGAGAAUGGAAAUUCAUCUGUACCAGGAAAAGUCAAUAAGGCUGCUUCUACUACUACGAAGAGACCCAUUGCAGACAGCGAGGAGAAAUCUGAGGCAUAUAAAUCUAUUUUUACAUCACACAGCUCAGCAAAACGUUCAAAGGAAGAGUGUUCCAAUUGGAUUACUCACACAGCAUACUAUUUCUGAAACAAUGAUGAGCCUGAUUGGAACAUUCAUUACUGCUUUCUUCCCCUAAGGCUUUUUCUGUACAACUCUGAUAGAGAACUUUUGUUGUAAUCCGAUGUUAUCUGGAUUUCUUCAGUUUGUAAGUUGUUUAUAAACUUGGAAAUAACAAAUGAAUUUGUGUUAGUUGCAACUUCUGCUAAAUAAGAAAGAGAUCACCAGAACCCAUGUUGUAUCAGCAGACCUCUUUCUAAAAUGAUGGAUUGUUUGCACAAAUGUUUUUUAUUUUCUUCUCCAAGUUGGAUGCUGUUAUCUUUAGUCGUACCAACUAGUGUCCUCAGCAGUAGGAGUGAGGGUAGAAGGAUCUGCCUGCUGUCCUCUCCACAUCUGUAAUGAUAGUUUUCAACAUAUUAGUACAGAAAUUCAAGCUUCUGAAACUUCGACAGUAACAAAAGCAAUAAUGCUUUUAUUUUGUACUAGCUAACUGGGCCCUCAGCAGAACUAGUGUAUGUUCUUAAAGUCUCCAGAUGCAUUUUCAAGUAAAUUUUAAUGGAAUAUAUGAAAGCUUUAUCACAAGAAUGUUUGUGCAACAUUCUUUUGGUAUAUAUUGUUGUAACCUGUCUUUAACAACAAAGUAUUCACUUGUAUAUCGUUAUCUAUAAAGAUGAGCCUGUAAUAAUAAGGCUGGUUUUUUCCCCAAAAA